AUGGUCUUCACUUCGCCAAACUGGGUUCCUCAAUUGCCCAUCGAUCCUCCGGAUUCAAUCACAAUCCAAGAGUUCAUGAGCAACGAGAGAUACGGUCGCUAUGCCCUCAAGGAUUCCAGAAGCCCGUACACCUGCGGCCUCACCGGCAAGUCAUAUUCGGCAUUCGAGGUGAGGGAGCGAACAGACUUGUUGGCGAGAGGUAUCUCCAAGAAGCUCGAGUUCGCACCAAACGAGGGUACCGAGUGGGAAAAGGUCGUCUGCCUCUUCUCCCUCAACACAAUCGAUUACAUCCCCUUCACCCAUGCCAUGCACCGUUUGUCCGGCAUCGUCACUCCCGCUAGCGCCGCUUAUUCAGCUCAAGAGUUGGAGCACCAGCUGCGGUCGUCCAAUUCGAAAGCUCUCUUUACCUGCAUCCCGUUGCUUGAAACCGCGCUUAAGGCCGCGAAGGGUGCCAACAUCCCCGAGGACCGCAUCUUUUUGCUGCCGGUGCCGGGCGCCGAUCAAAAAACACCCUAUGUCACUAUCGAUGACUUGAUCCAAGAGGGCAAGUCUCUGCCGGAGCUGGAACCUCUCAAGUGGGUCAAGGGACAGGGAGCACGCCAGGUUGCUUUCUUGUGCUACUCGAGCGGCACCUCGGGUUUGCCUAAAGCUGUUAUGAUCUCACACAGGAACGUCAUCGCGAACGUCCUGCAAUUCACAACAUACGAAACAGUCGCGAGGAGAAAGCUUGGCGUUAGAACACAAGCCACCCUCGGUCUCCUCCCCUUUAGUCACAUUUACGGCCUGGUUGUCAUUGCUCACUGCGGCACGUGGCGCGGCGACGGCAUCAUUGUCCUGCCCAAGUUUGAGCUGAAGCAGUUCCUCGAUGCCGUUCAGCGCUUCAAGAUUAAUUGCCUCCCCGUUGUCCCGCCAAUCGUCAUUCAAGUCAUCCGCAAUCAAGAUCUCUGCAACAAAUACGACCUUACCAAUGUGCGCUGGGUAUACACAGGUGCGGCGCCGCUUGGCGCGGAAACCGUGGAGGAUCUUAAGAAGCAAUACCCCAAGUGGCACGUGGGUCAAGGAUACGGCAUGACCGAGACCAGCACUGUCGUCUGCACAACCUCCGAGAUCGACAUCGACGUCGGAUCAUCAGGCUCUCUCGUCCCUGGUGCGCGCGGCAAGAUUGUCGACCCCACGACUGGCGCCGAGAUCACAGAGUACAACACCCCCGGCGAGCUCCUGGUGCAGUCACCCUCCGUCGUGCUGGGCUACCUGCACAACGAGAAGGCCAACGCCGAGACGUUUGUAUGGCACGAAGACGGCCGCUGGAUCAAGACGGGCGACGAGGUCCUCGUUCGCAAGUCCGCCGAGGGCAACGAGCACCUCGUCAUCGUCGACCGCAUCAAGGAGCUCAUCAAGGUCAAGGGCCACCAGGUCGCGCCCGCCGAGCUCGAGGCCCACCUGCUCACCCACCCAGCCGUGUCCGACACGGCCGUCAUUCAGGUGCCCGACGAGCGCGCCGGCGAGGUGCCCAAGGCGUACGUCGUCCGCGCCGCUGCCUCCGCCUCCAAGCCCGAGGCCGAGGUGUCGGCCGAGAUUUGCAAGUACGUCGAGGAACACAAGGCGCGGCACAAGUGGCUCAAGGGCGGCGUCGAGUUUGUCGACGUCAUUCCCAAGAGCCCCAGCGGCAAGAUUCUGCGCCGUCUGCUCCGCGACCGCGAAAAGGAAGCCAGGAGAUCCAAGGGUGCCAAGCUUUGA